AUGUCUAAAGACGUUUAUUGUGGAAUAGAUUUGGGCACCACUUAUACUUCUGUUGGUGUAUAUGAGGGUGGUAAUGUCCGAUGUUUGACUGAUGAAUUUAAUUCAAGUUGUAUUCCCUCAUUAGUUUCGUUUACAGAAAACGACUGUAAAGUUGGACGUCCCCCUUUUUCAUGCACAUGUGUGAUUCAAGAGAUUAAACGGUUUCUUGGUAAAGAUUGGGAAGAUUUAAAGUCGGAUAAGGGACUUAAGAGUCUCCUCGAUAAGAAUCAAAAUGAUUACAUCGAUAUAGAAGGGAAAAUUGGGAUCGGUAUUGAACGCCCUACAAACAGUGAUGAAAUUCGAACACUUUAUUUAACUCCUGAAGACGUUUCCGCAAUCAUUUUACUCAAAAUCAAACAAAUUGUAUUGAGCAAAUACCCUGGCAAAAAUAUCAAAGCAAUCGUUGGUGUUCCCGCCUCUUUUGGCGACAAAGAGAAAGCUGCGACACAAGCUGCAGUUAAAAUGGCUGGUAUUGAGUUAAUUCGAACGGUCAAUGAACCGACUGCUGCUGCAAGAGCGUACAAAAUGAAAGAAGGCACCCUCUUUGUAUUUGACUUUGGUGGAGGAACACUUGACAUCUCCAUAGUAACGUUUAAAAAUGGGUCAUUGAGUAAAACAGUGACUUCAAAAGGAGACCCAUUUUUAGGUGGUAAUGACAUGAUA